CGCGAAAUGAUUGGACCAAAAAUCUCCGACGGCAAGUACCGAACCACUUUAAACUUGGGUCUCCUCCAAAAUUCUCAAACUUGACAACAACAGGAAGCUCUGCUCGCAAAACCACCACAAAAGACGCUCCCCCUCGACGAAGGCCUCAAAACCGCCCAAUUGGCCUGGAGCUCUUUUCUCUCUUCCCCCUUCCCCCCUCCCCCCUCCUUCUUCACGAUGGCACACGCGCGCCUUACCCGACCGCCCACCUGCCUCGACUGUCUGCGGCGUCUCGCCCACCCCUCGUCCUCCCCCGCCGCGGCCUUCUCAUCGCCCCCCUCGUUCCUAGCCCUGCAGACCCGAGGCGCGAAGUCGAUGACGAAAGCCGAGGAGGAUGAUCUGCAGGGUAUCCCCGUGCGUCUGUUGAAGGACAUCCCAGGGUUCGGUCGGAAACAUGCCAUCAUCCGCGUCAAGCCCGGCCGCAUGCGCAACUACUGGUUUCCCAAGGCGCACGCCGAGUACAUGACGCGCCAGCGCUUCCAGGAGCUCGGCCUGACCGAGGCCGCCAUCGGCGUGCGCGACCGGUCCUUCGGCACCAGGGUCGUCCUCGAGGACGACGGCGCCGAGGUCAAGGAGGGCCGCGCGGAGAGCAAGAAGAGCAAGAAGGAUACCUUGACGCUGCCGCCCGAGGAAACCCUCGCCCUCCUCGAAACCCUCCUCCCCCCCAUCCUAACCUUCGCGCGAAAGCCCAUCCCGGCCACCGUCUCCGCGCCCCUAUCCAGCGAGUACAAGCCCGCGCCUCCUCCCCCUCCCCCCACACCUCGAUCGCCCUCCCUCGCCGCGAACGCCGCCGCCUCCACAGCCGCCACCGGCCCGGAACAGACGCAGCCCGCGCCCACCAAACCAGACGACAAGUCGUCGGCCGCGACCGCCAUCUUCGGCUCCGUGUCCGCGAGCGACAUCCUCGCCGCCGUGCGCGAGCGCCUGCUGGAGGCGGACCCGGCGCAGGGCGGGCGGGUCGCGCUCGACGCCGAGAGCGUGCGCAUCGAGGGCUUGGGCCUCGAGGGCGCCGGCGACGACCGCAUCAAGCAUCUCGGCGCCUACGACGUCCUCAUCUACCCGGCCAAGGACUCGAAGCCCGUCGUCCGCCAGGUCCAGGUCGUGCCGGAGGAAUAAGGGAAAAAAAAAAGUCAAAGUCGGAUGAGGAGGGACAAACCUUUCCCCCCAACCAACCAAGUAAGGUACCUACCUACCUACUAUUGUGAUGGGAAUGGGUGGAUGGCUAGCUUCAAAAGUGUUUAUCCUACCUAGGUACCUAGGUAGCUAGGCCGAGGGACAUAGAGAAAAAAAAAGAUUCAUGGAUGCGGAGUAUCUACUUAACCUGGUAGUGAAAAGGCACUAUAUUGCUUGCUAUAGAGGUUAUUCGUUAUGCACAAAUUAACACAGUACAUGUAUGAUAUACCAAUCAGCUGGGGUAGCUGAGCUAAGGCUAGACAUGUAUAUAUGUCGAC